GUAGCAACAAGUUAUCAACUCUUCACUAUUUUCCCACAUUAUUAUUGUAGCUAGCUCAGCCAUUUAAUAGCACUUGUGUAUAUAGUGUGUAUAGAGUAGACUGACUGUACUUUGCAGGCAGCACAGAAUGGCUUCUUGCAACAGACUACUGCAAAAGAAAUGGGAAGACAAGAAGUUCAGAGAUCACAGAGACAGGUUACGCAAAAUUAAAUCCUCUGUCGACAAUGGCUACCCACAAGAGUUUGUGCACAUCAGAGAAAACAAAAAAAAGCAAAAAAUUGAGCAGGACAGACAGGCCACUAUCCAGCGUCACAAUAACCAGCUGCUCAAACGAAUGCACACGAUAAUGCAGACCACAGGUGGCGUGGAUCACCGCAACACUGACUGGCGACCCAAGAAGAGCCUUAACACAGUUAAGAGACAGCGUGAGAUGGACCGAAUCAGUCGAGAAAACCACGGCCUUUUGAGACGUCUAGAGACAAUACAACCUCAGUACAGCACUCGGAAGUGGGAAGAGGAUUUCCUAGAGCAUCAGUCUCGAGCCAAGAGCAUGCAGCUGUUCCCAUCAUUGCAAGAGGGUAGGAUGCUUGUGGAGGGACCUAAGCUGAGAUCUGAUGUACCCAUACUCCCACCGAUUGUCACCACAGGCUCGUCACGACCCGAGACACAGCCAAUGAGUGAAAUCAAAGAAGAAAUUGAUGUUGAUGACUGAAUAAAAGCUUGCACACUAAUUCAAUUAAAGCACUCACUUUAUAAUUUUAAUUUUGACAUGAACAAUAAUUUUUUUUAUAGCUUGUAGAAAAAGCAUUAUUAUAAAAAACGAUUUUAAUUAAUUUGUGCUAUCUGAA